GGGUGAAAAGUAGGGCAUUUCUUUUAGCAUCAGUGGCUGGCCACACCGAUAAGAGUUAAAACGUCGAAAAGGUUUACUUGGUUUUGCCAUCGAGGGAAAUUGUGCAUCCUAUCUGGGCAGCCGGGAUACUAUAUUCCUUGGAUCUCGCUAGACAAAUCAUCAUACAGAUUAGAAAAUCGUAACGACUGCCUGCGCCAAUAAAGCGACAAAAGCGUACAGACGCGAACGGAACGGAACGGCACCGAGCCACAGAGCAAAGGAAAGAGAUAGGGAGAGCGAAAGUGACGAACGAGAAGGCGAGGCGGGGGCGCCGAGAGCGCAGUUUGUUUUUGUUGUUAGUGGUGUGAGUGACUCAUGACGUCGCGGACGGCGUAGAAAAAGCCAGUUGACAGUCGUAGAUUGGAUAUAUCGGACGAGCAUAAAGGAGGAGAUAUUGGCAUCCGCAGGUAUAGGCAUCCACAGGCGCCCGCAGGACACGCAACAGCUGCUACCGAGUUACCACCACCCAUACGCACACGCCAGCACAGUAUCGGAUACAUUAUCACACACACACAUUGGUACACCAUACCUGGCACCGAGGGUCACACGGCAGAGCAGAGCUGAGCGCUGCACACCACCACCACCACACACACACACACACACAGGUGAUUUUGUCGUCACAGUUGGCUACUCUUCGGAUUUCAGAGUCUUCAUUAUUUUUGAUUCCGACCGAGCGCCAACUACUGAACACUAAGCACUCGGAACCGAGCGAAGCAACAGGGACCGACCACCGGACCAAGAACUUUCGCAUCAACAUCAAUAUCUCAUCAUCAUCAUCAUGGUGGACCGUCUGGUGAACUCGGAAGCAAACACUCGUCGCAUCGCAUCCGUGGAGAAUUGUUUUGGCAGUUCGGGUGUACCGCUGGCGAUGCAGGGCCGUGUCCUGGUCGGCGAGGGUGUACUGACUAAGAUGUGCCGGAAGCGUCCAAAGAGCCGACAAUUUUUCCUCUUCAACGACAUCCUCGUUUACGGGAAUAUAGUGAUUGGCAAGAAGAAGUACAACAAGCAGCACAUCAUGCCGCUGGAGGAGGUGUCCCUGGAGUCGAUUGCCGAUAAUCAGCACUAUAGGAAUGGCUGGUACAUUCGCACCACCACCAAGUCGUUUGUGGUGUAUGCCGCCACCAGUACAGAGAAACAGGAGUGGAUGGCGCACAUCAACAAGUGUGUGGAGGACCUGCUGCGCAAAAGCGGCAAGAAGCCGGUGGAGAAUCAUGCCGCUGUUUGGGUGCCGGACACCGAGGCCAGUGUCUGUAUGCACUGCAAGAAGACGCAGUUUACGUUCAUCCAGCGCCGCCAUCACUGCCGCAACUGUGGCGCUGUCGUCUGUGCCGGCUGCUCCGCCAAGAAGUUCCUGCUGCCCCAGCAGAGCACCAAACCGUUGCGCGUCUGUGACGCCUGCUACGAUCGUUUAAAGCAUGUGCCAAGCUCCAGCUCUGGCGAGGAUUCGGCUGCCGUUGCUGCCGCAUCUGGUAAUAAGCUCAACACAACCGCCGGCGAUAGCUCCAAUGAUGAGGACUCCGACGAAGAUAUUGUCUCACCGGGCGGCGAGUCACAUGACGAGCCCCGUUUCUAUGGCGACAACAGCGUUCUCUCCUCCGCCGACGACUCCACGAUAGCCACUCCCUCCUCCACCACUACAGCAACGUCAGCGAUGGGCCUAUCCGUUGCUGGUGAGCCAGCCCAAGCCAACCCGAAUCCAACUGCUGCCGCUGCCGCUGCCGCUGCUGCUGCCCCCGUAGUCGGCAGCCACUGCUGAGAAGAUCGAGAUGAGAGUUAACCACUG